AGUUGUAUGUGGAGCUCACCAAAGAUCUUUUGGACACAUACUUGCGAGCACACAUGGAGGAGCAGGUUGAAAAAGUGCUAUUGGGGCUAGUCUUUGAAGAAGACAUUGUGCAACGUGAGGUGGUGGAGGAGACGAGGGGGGCUACUAAUGAGAUUGAAGAAGUGGAAGAAGAAAGGGAAGAGAGUGAGGAGGUGGAGGAGACGAGGGGGGCUACUAAUGAGAUUGAAGAAGUGGAAGAGGAAAGGGAAGAGGAAGCAGCGGAACAUCGUAUUGACAUCGGAGAAGGAGAAGAAGCUCAUGACAACAAAAUUGUUGGAGAAGAAAAGAAAGAGUUCCCAUUUAGAUUACAACUCCUCUUUUUCAUCAUGGCUACUAUCGAGAUGGCUUGCAACAUUGCCGCACUUAUUAUCAAAAAAGGUGUGCCUGCCAAAACUCUUUCUACUGUGGCUUCCACACUGGGCAUGAUUGGUGUGGUUACCUCAGUGAGCAUGACUAUUGGUAUGGCUUAUCCCUUGGUAGCGCUCCACACUUUACACCAGAUUUGGGAAGCUAGCAUUUUCUUGGUAGAGUUCUUCACAAUUUCCUAUUCAUGUUGGAUCUCUAAACCAGUUGAGAAUGUGGUGCACUUUCCCAUAACAUGGUUUUUCUUUGGUAUGGCUGUUUCUAUGUACGUGCACAAAUCUGCAAAAGUGUGUAGAAUGUGUUUUCUAAAGAUUAAAAAAAGACAUAGGAGCACAUAGUUUCCUACUUUCAUUAUUCAUUUUGAACACAUACAAAAUAUUUGAAUGUAAUUAUUUGCCU